CACCACCACCACCACAACACCACAACACCACACAAUGUUGCGAUUUUCAAGACCCAGACUUGUCUCGCCAGUCUGCCGCCAGUGCGUCCGGCGCCUGACCUCCGACUCCAAGGUCUUCGCUGAGGGCGACACGGUUCUGCUGCGCCUCAAGAAGCGCGCCGACCACGAGGGCUUCAUCAUCAAGAAGCUCAAGCGCGGCACCCGCAUCGAAAACCAGCAUGGCGUCAUCCUCCACGACUACAUCAUCGGCAGGCGCGUCCGCGACGUCUUCAAUGCCGCCGGAGUCAAGCAAACCGAAUACCGCAUCCACGAGCCCACGCUGGAUGAGUACAUCCGCCUCGUGCCUCGCAUCGUCACGCCUAUAUACCCCAACGACGCCAACAUCAUAGUCGGCCUGCUAGACAUCCACGUCGAGCCGCCCACAGACCGCAAUGCCUCGACGCCGCCCAUUGAGAUACUGGAAGCCGGCACAGGCCAUGGCUCCCUGACGCUGCACCUGGCGCGGGCCAUUGCGGGCGCCAACCCGCCGCCGCCAACGCUGCUGGAGCCCGUCCCCACGGACGAAGAGGCCCCACACCCGCUGGAAGACGCGACCUACGACGGCAGCACGACGCACCACAUGGCGGAGCAGACGAUUGAGAGCUGGAAGCGCAAGCGCCGCGCGAUUGUGCACACGCUCGACGUGUCGGAGAAGCACUCGCGCCACGCCGCCAAGGUCAUCAACGGCUUCCGCUACGGCCUCUACACGCCACACAUCGACAUGCACGUGGGCGACGUGUCGGACUUUGUGCGGGGGCAGCUCGCUGCGCGCGCCAAAUCCGCCAAGCCCGCCUCCUCCACCACCUCUACCCCCUCUUCUUCCUCUUCUUCUAAGGCGGCAACAUCCCCCUUCCUCUCGCACGUCUUCCUCGACCUCGCGUCCGCAGAAGAGCACCUGGACGCGCUCGCCCCAGCCAUGCGCACCGACGCCAUCCUCGCCGUCUUCAACCCCAGCAUCACGCAGAUCGCCGACGCAUCCCGCGUCAUCAAAGCGCGACACCUGCCGUUUGCACUCGAGCGCGUCGUCGAGCUCAAGGGCAGCGACACGGUGCGCAACUGGGACGUGCGACUGACGAAGCUGCGGAAAGCGGGCGUGCCGGCCGAGGCAGCGCAGGCUGCGACACCGGUGCCAGAGGACGCGGACGCGGAAGACGGCGAUGCGCUGUCUGCGCUAGAGGGGGCAGAGACGCCAGAGCCAGUGCCCACCACCAGCAGUGCUGAUAGCCCGACUGUCGCGCAGGCAAAGGCCGUGGAGCAGGAUGUUGCGCGCCGGGAUGCGGAGCUCGUUGACGCGGCGGAUGAUCCGGCUGACUGGAAGAUGGUCUGUCGUCCGAAGGCGGGCGUCACGUUUGGCGUUGGUGGCUUCGUGGGCAUUUUUAGGCGGAAGGGCGAGUCAUAGUGUGUGUGAGUGGGAGGGAGGCGGGGGGCAGGUGAGUGGGUUUAGUGUUUAAUAGCUAGGGUGGAAGGGCAUGUGGAUGUAGAUAAAAUAGCUGAACCGAGAGUCGGAGAGCGCGUUAUAGACUAUACCUAUCAAGCAACAGCAACAGCAACAGCAACAGCAACAAUAGCAUCUACUCGUGUAUUUCAAU